GCUCUCAAACAACAACCUCAGGUAGUAGGCUGGCAGUUCUUCUCUUCCCAUUCAACCAUCUGUACAAGGGAGAGGGGAUCCUGAAGCCUAACUAUCAUCCUAGCUAGCUCGCUUGGUAGAACUAUCUCAUUGUGAUCUCCUCAUCAAUUCCGAAGGUCGUUAAGAUCUUGCAAUGGGUGGCCUCUCUCUUCAGCACCCGUGGGCCUUUGCCUUUGGCCUCCUAGGCAACGUCAUCUCGUUCAUGACCUACCUCGCCCCACUGCCGACGUUCUACCGGAUCUACCGGAGCAAAUCGACGCAGGGGUUCCAGUCGGUCCCUUAUGUUGUGGCGCUCUUCAGUGCGAUGUUGUGGAUCUACUACGCGCUGCUCAAGUCUGACGAGUGCCUCCUCAUCACCAUCAACUCUGCUGGCUGUGUCAUCGAGACCAUCUACAUCAUCGUCUACCUCACCUACGCACCAAAGCAAGCUAAGCUCUUCACAGCGAAGAUCCUCCUUCUCCUAAAUGUGGGCGUCUUCGGUCUUAUACUCCUCCUCACCCUGCUCUUGUCGGAGGGUGAGAAGCGUGUCGUCAUGCUCGGCUGGGUUUGCGUCGGCUUCUCCGUCAGCGUCUUCGUCGCGCCCCUCAGCGUCAUCCGCCUUGUGGUGCGUACCCGGAGCGUGGAGUUCAUGCCCUUCUCCCUCUCCCUUUCCCUCACCGUUAGCGCCGUUGUCUGGUUCCUCUAUGGUCUACUCAUCAAGGACAAAUACGUCGCUCUGCCCAACAUUCUUGGGUUCACCUUCGGGGUGAUCCAGAUGGGGCUCUACGCCUUCUACCGCAACGCCACGCCCACACCGGCGUCCAAGCAGGUGGACGGUGAUGAUGCCGUUAAGGUACCCGAGCACGUCGUCGACAUCGCUAAGCUCGGCCCCGCGGCUGCCGUCGAGCUCAACACACACUACCCCGUCGAACCAGGGAUGCCACCGCCGAUGAAGGAGAACGCCAAGGCCGGGAUCAGCGACAAGACUAUGGGGAGCAUUGACAUGGCUGGCAAGGCAACCCACGUUGAGCAAGUCUAGACAGUCAUGCGUUCACUUAAGCCAUGACGGAGAGAAAAAUGCAUGCUAGCGGGCUUGUGAUUUGGACUAUUGGCGUUCCAUUAGAUGCUUGAGCUAGUUAUUUUAUUAUGGUCGUAUUCAUUAGUACACCCAUCGACUACUUCCAUGUAACGGUCUCAUAAUAAAAGUUGCCAUUUCUCGUUCAGCACACUACCAAA